GCUCGUUUGUAUCCGCCUCGCGUGACGUCACGACUCACCUGUGGGUGGGUGUUCAAAUCUGGGAUUAGCUGUAGCCGCAGGUAAUAGCCAAACACUGGAAGACUCUCUGCAACACAGAGGAGUUAAUUUGACCAUAAGAGACGACACUAAUGAGCUGCGUGGCGUCGCUCGGUCGAGGCGCCCGACUCGCGUCUUCAAGUUUACCGUCUGGUGGAUGUAGAAACACCUGGAGAGCACUAUACUGUCGAAAUCCGUCCUUUUCUCUCUGUUUGAGGCGCCACAAGUUUUCUCUGUGAGACUUCCGCGGUUUGCUCGCAGAGCAAGUUGUUUGAGCGAAAACGCAACCACAACUGUUUCUUCUUAUGCGGUCCCAGGUAUUUUGAGCCAUGCCUGGCCACACCACAGGGGCUCCCCAGACCCACCACCACCACAAACACCACACCUCCACUUCCAGAGCAGACAAGUACAGACAAAAUCGAACUAUAUCCAGGGAGAGCACGGCCAGUCAAGACUCUUACAAGGAUCCCCAUGGGGAGCAUCUACAUGAUCACCACACAGAGCACUCUCGGUAUUCAGAAAACAAGUAUGGCCGCAGCAAAAGUCAUCCUCGAAAUGGCACAGCCCGGGGCUCAGAAACCAUAGGAUUUGUUCCUGGAUCGGCAGACAGCACACCUACCAGCAGACCUACCUGUGGCUCCUGUACGUCUGUGGGCUGGAAUGGCUGCAAGGCUUUUAUCUGCUGUGUGCUGACCUGUGGGUUUUAUGGCAGCCGAGAGCCGUGUCUGCCUGUCAACGAGAGCUCCACUGACCAUCCUCCCAAAGCAGGCAGUGAACCUCACCCACCUAAUGGCAUGGCUCUGACCAACCCAACCUGUGACAUCCCUUUGAAGCCCAGCAAUCUUCCCAAGACUUCCAAGCUGCCUGCGAGUGAAAGCUUCCGCUACCAGGAUGUGCGCAUUGGAGGUCAGACAGUAAAGUAUACUGCCCCCAAACGGGCCCGUCCACCAGUUAAGGGGGAAAGCCAACGACCAGUUAGCAACACCAGCCUGUUAUCCAAUGAUUAUGAAUUUGAUGACCCAUGCGACAGCACAGACAUUGACUCCUUAAUUACCAAGAAGCUGCUGGAGCUUUACGCCCUGCAUCAGAUUGACCAGCUGGCCAAGUGCACCUCUGACUCAUCUUUCUCUCGCAAGACCAACGAAAUCAGUGAACUCAUCUACAGCAUCGCUCAGGACUACAACCUGGAGGAGCAGGAGGCUGAAUGCAAACUGGUACACGGAGUCAUCCGCAUCAGCACACGAAAAGGCAAGAAGAACAAAAGCCAUCAGUCGACAGGGCAGCCUCCUAAUGGCAGGAGCGAUGGGACUCUUCCUGACAGUGGAAAUGAGACCAUGACAGGCACCUUCAUGAGCAGUGAUUUUCCAGAGGUGAAAGUGUCCGAGCAGACGCCAUCAGACAAGCUGGCAAGAAAAAUGAGACAUUACAGUGGAAAAAUUUAUUCCUCCAGUUCUGCCACAGCCUACUCGGGCUACCACCAUGACACUGAAACAAACUCCUCAGGCGCUCCUCUGCUUAUUUAAGGGAAAGAAUGAGACACAUUUCUUUUACCCUGACAUAGCAUGUAGCCAAAUGGACAACAUUACCUCCCUGUUGUCAUUUAUGCUGUUACUGAUUGGAGGACAUUUUCCUCUAGAUGGUUACAACUCUGUUUUGUUUUUUUUGUUUGUUUGUUUGUUUUUUUUUUCCAUUUCAACAAUCUUCAUGUUUCUAAGAAAUGAAAAACAGAGGACACUGUUCUUCUUGUCCACACAUGAAUGUUAGAUUUCAUAAAUUUGUAUCCAGUGUUUAACAUUUUUAGAAAAUGAAAAAUGAAUACAAUAAGUAAGUAAUCAGCAGUCAGGGGUCUGAGUGUAGAGGUUGAUGCUAAAACAUAUCCGUCUUCAUUCUUGUCUUUUGUUUUUGUUUAUGCAAGUUAUUGUGCCAUAUGCAUGAGCUUAUUGUCUUUUACCAUUUCUUUAGACUCCUAAGAUGUUUUUUUACCUGAACUUUAUUGUUGUAAGCCAUAUUUUGAUGUAAAUAUUCCUAAGGCAAUGUAACUUGGUGCCAUUUUGCCUACUUUUUUAUAUUAUGCAAUAAGUCCUAUUUUUGACAAAAUAAAAGUCCCUGCUUGUU